UUGACCAAGUGAGAGUCCAGGUACUGUGCAUAUAAACCACGCUGCGCUUUCUGCUUGUGUUGUGGUAAGGGGCAGAACGGAUUCCAACCAGGAAUGUAUUUAACAGAGACCUUGAGAAACACAGGAACGAUGAGCAAGUGAAGAUUUCAUGGUAAAACCAGGCAUCCGUGCGUAGGAUAGAGAGGUUAUGUGUACCCGGAGUGCUGGCGGAAGUGAAGCUCGCCUUCUAUCUUGUGUGGUGGCAUUUAGUUUCCAACGAAGCUGCUGGAGCGUCUCUGGAGAUGCCUGUGUGCUAGCAAUCAUUGUAUUGCGCUGGUCAAUGCACCUCAAUGUACAGCAAUGUCUCUUUAACAGUAACACGUGCCAGUACAAAAAAACUGUACCUGCUGGCAUUGAGACUACGAAUAGACGAACAUCUGUGAACACAAUCGCCUGUAGCCCUCAAUAAAUAAAAUAGUGAGAAGUGGUGGAGAGGAGUUGACAUUGUUUGAUGGUGUCUAGCCAUCAUCCUGACACUGAGUGAAGUGUAGGACUCCCACCUCCUCCCCUUCCCAAAGUAACAGUGCUGGUUGAUAUUCCAUCAGUCAAUACAACGGUGAAAGACCACCGUUAAGGUCUGCCAAAGUAUAACAAGGGUCCGUUAAGUUAUCAGACCCUCUCGGUGCCUCAAAUAUAUGUAAAGAUUGUCCUGUUUAAGCGAGAGGAAACGGGUUGGGGAAAGCUUCCAGCGGUGUAGGCCAUGGAGACAGUGACUGAUGUUCUGAAGUGAGGAUUGAGGAUGGCAUCGGCGGACAGCGAGGUGAAAACGCUGCUGAACUUUGUCAACUUGGCUUCGAGCGACAUUAAGGCGGCGCUGGAUAAGUCAGCCCCCUGCCGGCGCUCGGUGGACCACAGGAAAUACCUGCAGAAGCAGCUCAAGCGGUUCUCGCAGAAAUACUCGCGGAUGCCGCGGUGCCACCCCGGGCGGCUGCUGGACUCAGGCUCGAAGCGGGCGCCGGAUGAGCAGAGCCGACCUUGUGUGCUCCAGCUCAGAGCGUCAGGAGCCGCUGACUGCGGGGAGCCACCGCCCCCUCUCCCGCCAGCCCGGCACGGCCAGGUCCCCAUGAGGAAAAGACAGCUGCCCGCCUCCUUCUGGGAAGAACCGAGGCCCGGUAAAAGCCUGCCACCGCCCCGGGAGCUGCUGCUACGGCCGCCGCCGCCGCAGCAGCCGCCGCCGCCGCCAGGAGAGCGAGGCGUGUCGCCCGCUAGCGUUAGCCCCGGGCCGGCGGCGGUGGCUAAGCAGGAGCCGCGCUGUGAGCGAGGAGAGCCGCUCAGACUGCAGCUCGCCUCGCUGGCCCGUACCGUCACUCUGUGUGCCUGCUGUCCCCUUCAGUACCACCGUCUCUACCAGAGCCACAUGGCACUGCCCCAUGCCGCCAGCCCCGACAUGGGCAUCUGGAGGAAAGCUGCCAACCUGCCGGCCGAGCUCCACGCUUACUCCAAAGACUCCUUAAACGGACAAAGAAUUCACAAACCUAUCGUUUUUAAGCCCAUCCCCACAAAACCCACUGUCCCUCCUCCCCUGUACAAUGCCUAUGGCUUUCUUUGACUGUAAGUCCCAACACAUUUUCACUGCGGGAGUAGACUUUCUAAUGUACAGGAGGGAGGUGUGGUAGGCUGGGGAUGCAGGAAUGUUUACAAUCUCUAUCCAAUUCCCUUCAUCACUGAGUGAGCAGGAUUUUCGGGAUUGCGUGUCUGCGAGUAUUUUCUGUGUCUGCGUGUUUCCCGUGUCUCUGAAUGUCUGCUUAUUUGUUUCUAUUCUAUCUCUAUUUAUGUGUCUGUAUAUCUGUGUACUUCCUGUAUGUGUCUCUUAGCAUGUAGCAGUAUGUCUAUGUACUUUGUGUCCGUGUGUACAAUCUAAAUUUGUUCUUCAGUUUGUGGGUCUACUAUCUGUAUGUACGUGCAUCUGCUGUGUCUGUAAUAUCUGUGUACUUCCUGUGUGCAUACAUGUUUGUAUGUUGGUGCGUGUAUCUGUAUGUGCUUAGCGUGAAUCUGUGUAUAUGUACUUCUGCUUGUGUGAGUAUGUAAGUGUAUGACUGCGUGUGUAUUUAUGCGUGGCUAUGUCAUUGUGUAUGGAUGGCGGUGUGUGUGUGUGUAUGCGCGCAUCUUUCAGCAUAUGUUUGGAUAGUGAAUAUGUAUUUACGCGUGUGUAUUUUUGCUUGUUUAGCCAUCUUUUGGCCAUUCCUGGGCAAUUUUAACCACGCUGCACUGUUUAUUAUACACGUUGCCCCCAGCUCCGAACAGGUAUUGCUCCAAUCGUUACCUGGAAAAUAGUAACCUCUGCAGGGGUAAUGCGCUUUGCACAAGGCUGUCGAACUGAAUAAAACAGCAGUUACAAAAGAAUCCAAAAAAAAGAAUUUGAAAAGGUCGACUCACACACACAUACAGCCGCUCCGUGAAGAGCAGCGCAUAUGCUGGCUACACCUGCAGCAGUGUUUCAGGCCUUUUUUCCUGGAGCACAGAGUAAAGCUGAACAGCAGGUGAGCUGCAUCCGCUGGAAGUGUGACAAGAUGGGAACGAAAUGUGGCUGCAUUGUACCAAGCGACGUCCAACAGCGUGUAAAAUCCAGGUUCAAGAAGUGGCUUUAAUCGUGUGUUACUUGUCUUUAAUAUCGAUGCGUGGUUAAUGUAAUGGACAGUAUUAUUUUAUUGAAUUAAAAAAGGGACGUAUCUUUUCA